UAUAUCUUGAGUUGUUUUGUAUUAUUGUUUCAACAGAAUGCACUUUGGAAUGUCAAAAUGGAGGAAGGUGUUACCGCCAGGGGAAUGAUCAGUUAUGUAUAUGUACACCAGAUUAUAUUGGAACCCACUGCGAAAAUAAAUAUACACACCCAAGCACGUGUCCCGUGCCUGAAUCCUCAAACGGAACAUGUAGUGUGAAAUGUAACAGUAAUGGCGAAUGUUCAGGAAACAGUGUCUGUUGCAGGGAGGGUUGUAGCACUAUAUGCCGGCAACCUAAGACGGUGUAUUGCAAGUUCGAAGACCAGCAGUACCGUGUCAAUGAGACUUACAGACCUGAGCCUUGCACUACAUGUGUAUGUCAUCAAUCCGGGAAGAUGGAGUGCGUUUCAAAGUUGUGUGCAAUGCCGAAGUGCGCUGGAGGAAGACAACCAGUAUCCAGACCUGACCAGUGCUGCUUAGUAUGUCCAGAGGUACCAAAGCCACGAAUUAAUUGUCCAUCACACGUGGUCCAUGUAAAUACCUCCUACUACACUAACAUGACAUUGUUAGAUGAUACCAAAACAUCUGUAGCUGCAUUCAAUCAUUUUGGUGUAAAUCUUCAGGUAAAUUACAGACCAGCUUUUGUUCACCAUUGUAAAUGUGACAGGCCGCUCGACCACGUGACAACUGUGGAGGCAUACGCGUCCGAUCACUAUGGCAACGUUGCUACAUGCUCGUUCCAAGUUGCCGUUAGAGAUAUUUAUGCUCCCGUGAUCUUCUCUUGUCCGGAAGAUGUUUAUGUUUUCGAAGACGAGGCUGUUAAAUGGCUCGAACCAAAUGCAGCUGAUAAUGUUGGAGUAGCUAGCAAGACUUAUACUAGUUUGAGGAACGGGACACGAUUUCCGGUCGGAGAUCACAGGAUAACGUGUAACAUACAUGACUUUGAUGGUAACAUGGCAUCUUGUAACUUCCGUGUCUCUGUUACCAGAAAAGACACACCUUUUGAUGAUAUGCCUAUAGGUUUAAGAGAGCGUUCAACUGGAGAGCCAGAAUUGAAGCUAAGCGCUAUUUUGCCUCCAAUUUUUGGUGCAAUUGUUCUGGUAGUCUUGGCUUUGCUGCUGCUGUUCCUAUGCAGACGAAAAUGUCUGCCAGUCAUCUCCAAGAAGAAACCGACAAAACACCCGAAGACGGAGAAUAUUUACGCACAACCGGAUGAUAUCUGGUCAACAAAGUCAUCUCUUAAAUCGAAGCGUUCGUCAGUGUCGACAUACUCCUCCUCCGUGUCAUCCAGAAGCUCUGCUGGGCGCGCUUUAGCGUUUCAUAGCAACGCGCAUGCGGUUCCUGGAGAUAUUGGUGUCAGACCACCACCAUACUCACCAUAUGUAGGUUACAGUCCACCGCCAUAUAGUGUUUCCGGUAGCGUGAAGGACGUCAUGUACAUGUCUAUGCCCGUUCCGGCAUACCAUAAUCCAGAUUAUGAAUCCCUGAGCGUCCAUAUGCCGAGUAAUUCCGGACGUUCCGUGAGGUCCGGUUCAAGGUCGAGUAAAGCGGGGUCAACGAAAUCGUCACGAAGUUCAAAAUCAGGAUCAGUAAAGUCGACAAAGUCAAGCUCAAGGGCUUAAGCACUUUGCCUUUUCGACAUUGAUUCCAAAAUGAACCCUUGGUACUAGUUUAUCGCGUUUGACUUUAAUAAAAGAAUUAAAAAGAAAAAUAUCGGUAAGAAAUAGAUUCAACUGAGGUAGACCUGUACAAAAUUGAGAAAUUAAUAUGACAUUUUAUUAAUCAGAUAUAUUGUAUUAUAGGCCUUAUUUACUCAAGAUAUAAGGUGCUGUCUUUUUUGUUGUUUUAUGUAUAUCUGAUUUCAACAGCUUAUAAGCUUACACAUGCAUAUGAAAGCUUUUUUAUGUAGAGUUUACUUUUGCCGGUACUAUGUUUUUUAUCUUAUAAUUGUGCAUAGAAUUCUUUAUUUAAACUUACAUGCUUGUGAUAUCUGACCAGACAAUAAAUUGUCGGUUGUACAAUUAAGCAUAUGGAAAAAAUGAUCUCAAAUCUUCUGAAGAAUUUACGGGACAGCUUUCCUACCUGAAAGACGGUCAGAUACAUGACACAAAGUUAGACUUUUGUUAGUAGCUCUGUAUUGUUAAACUAUGCGUUUGGGGGCGACCGUGGCCGAAUGGUUAAGGUCGUUGACCUCAAAAUACUUUGCCCUCACCGCUAUGGGUUCGAAUCCUGAUAGAAAUCCUAUGAUUAUGAACGUCAGUGGAUCUACUCAGGUGCCCGUUUGUGCCUGAAGUAAUGCAAGGAAGGUGCACCAAAGGUUCUUCCUGCACCUGUAAAGCUCGAAAGUCGCCAUAUGACCAAUACUGUGUUGGUGCAACAUAAAUACCUACCAACCAAACGUUUAGACUAAAAUGUUUGCUCUAAUGAGGUAAGGAAUUGUCAAAAACACCUAGCUAACUGCUGGUCAGUAAUCAUUUGUAUGUACACGAAAUGUAGUUUAUAUACAAUGUACAAAACCUAUCGCGUUUUAUCUGCUAAAUUUUGUGUCAUGGUGUAUUUGCAAAUCCUUAUCUGUAUUAUAUCUUCGUUUUGUACAUAUUGAUUCGAUGCAUUCCACUUUGAACUUUUUGAAAUUGAUGUUUUUUUGUCAAUAUUGUAAUAAAGUUUUAUACCUGUAAUUUUUUUGGUGGCAAACAUUUUUGAAGAUGUAUUGAACUGUGUUAUUAAAGCCUUCUGCAACAAUAAUGUAAACAAAAAAGUUACAUUUGCUUAAUGAUCUGUUAGGCUUAUAUCUUUAUAUAAUAUUCAUAAGUGUGCUAUUUUAACGUAUAUCUUGUUAUCUUGUUGCUGUUCAUAUAUUUUCUGUAUAAACUUGUACAUGUUGUUAUUUGUGUUGCUGCAAUCAAAAUGUAUCUAGAAAUAAAACACAAAUCUGUGA